AUGUCCAUGGCGGCGCGAUCGCGGGCAAACUCGGCGCGAGCGCUCGAGGCCGUUGGAACGGCCGUGAGCAAUGCGGCGAGGGCCGGGCGGGCAGUGGUGAGCUUCUCGAUCAGCUCGCGGAGCUCCAUGAUCGACUCGACGGCGCCCGAGGUGAGGCGCGGAAUGUCCUGGGUUUCGACCGCACGGGCCCGGGCGCCGGCCUUCAUGGCGACGAUCUGCUCAGAGACGUACGAGAGGCGCUGGUUGGAGGAUGUUGUAAGUUCGAUUUCGGCCCGCAUGAUCUUGUUGCGGAAGCGGAGGCGGGCGGCGCGGCUACGGCGAGCCUCGAGCGCAGCGUCGAGUUCGGCCUCGUCGUCGUCGGUGUAG